CCCGGGCAGCGCUCAGCCAAUUGUGCGCUGCCCCCUAGGAACUCUCGGUCACGGUCAGCUGUGACAUAGCCUGGAUUCGAACCAGCGAUCUCCAGGCUAUAGGGCACAUCCUGCGAGGAGCGCCUUUACUGGAUGCGCCACUCAGGAGCCCCCUUGACUCUCCUUAUUAACAUUAAUACAUUGCUAAGAUCAGCCUCUGUUUACACUAGAUUCAAUUUGACGACGAGGAGUUCAGGUCUAUUCAUGGUCAUGUUCUUGUAAGUUCUAUUUUAAAUACAUAUAUUUAUCUUGACAUCUGAGAAAUAUGUUACUAUUGCUUUAUCAAGCAGGUAGCUUAAUCUCAUAUUCAUGCAGACACUUGUUCUUGUGAAAUGUGAAAACCUUUACCCCACAGUUUGUAAUAAAUAACUUAAUCCACAUUUUCUCAAGGUUGGUCACAGUGACAUACUUUGUCCCAGCACUGAUCCCCGGUUGGCUGAAGGCUAUAUCUUGGGAACCACCGAGUUCCAGGUUAUGGCUGAACAGUGGAAAGGCAUUUGCUUUUAAUCUAUAUAAGUCUGCAUGCUGUGUGUUCAUCAUUGGCGGGGUAUGUAAAUUACUUGCAUUAUCUUAAGGUGGCAUUGCUAGAUCAUGGUUACAGUUUUAGAAUACUUCAGAUGAUUGAAAUAUAAAGGCCUUGAAAGGUAGUAUCCAGAAAUAUUAUUUAUUUCUUAGCAGACACCCUUAUCCAGGGUGACUUACAAUUGUUACAAGAUAUCACAUUAUACACAUUCUACAUUAUUUCACAUUAUACAGAUAUCACAUUAUUUUUUACAUACAAUUACCCAUUUAUACAGUUGGGUUUUUACUGGAGCAAUCUAGGUAAAGUACCUUGCUCAAGGGUACAGCAGCAGUGUCCCUCACCUGGGAUUGAACCCACAACCCUCUGGUCAAGAGUCCAGAGCCCUAACCACUACUCAACACUGCUGCCCACACUUUGAAAUAAUUCUAAAAGAUCAGAAUAAUACCUAAUACUGACUAUUAAUAGCAACCUGGAAAUGCCACCUUAAAACUAUUGUGUCGUCAACAUCGCGCUCAAAUCUAAGACACGCCUGCUCACCUCCUGGGGCUGGACUUGAAAAGGUAGCAAAGCACUCUGCAGUUUCAUUUUCACCUAUCACUCUGCACGAGCACUACAAGAUACAGUCUCCACGAGCACUCCAAGAUUCAGAUAAUGACAAUGACUGAAAACAGUGCUGAAGAUCUGGAUCGAAUUUUCUUGCAAAGUGCCAACAAAGUAUUCAUUGCUAAUAUCAAUGAAGUUGCUCUUGAACAAAUUUUGGAUUCCCUUUAUAGUGAUGGAAUGAUAGUCCAUGAGGAAAUGAGUACUAUUAACAGUGAGAAGGUUGUGCAUAAAAACAACAGAAAAUUACUUUCCAUCAUGACACACAAGACUCCAAAGCACUGCAGAUCUCUCAUAGAUUUGCUGAAGAAGGAACACACUGAUGUGUAUGAAGAAAUGCAGAAAGCAGCAAACCUGAAGAAAAAUGGACCACAGCAGUCUCGUCUGGGAUCUCUCUCGGAUUGGGAGGAAUAUGCUAGAGAACAUCUAGAAGAUAUCAUUCAACAACUUACCAAUAAAAUAGGAGACGAGAGGGUAAAACAACUGGAAGAUGAACUGAAAAACCGUCAGUUAAAAAAAGACUGGAACUGUAGUGGCAGUAUGGCGAAUGAAAUAUUUAGCAAUGAGGAGCUGAAGGCCUACCUAUAUAAAGAAGCCUCUGCACGUAGAAUUUGCAUGUUUCCUACCAAAAAAGCUUUUGAGAUAUUAUUUGUGGCAGUUAGUAAGAAAAAAGCGGUGUCAAACAAGGGUGGCACUUUAAUGAGACAAAACACAUCAGACAAUGGAAUGGGUUCAAGUGAGGGUGGCAGACUAGAUAGUGGUAUUUCUGAUGGUAGCGCAAGCUACAGUGAUUUGCCAGACAUGGCUGCAGGUGGAAAUGAGGGAGGCACCAGUGUUCAAAAUGAAAGUAUAUCUCAAGAGGAGGUGUUUGGGGAAAAUAACCCUUCAGAGACAACAAUUAAUUAUUGUCCAGGUAUUUCUCAAAGGAGGAAAUAUUCAGGACCAAACAAAGAAAAUAUAAAAAAACAGAAAUUGGAGGGAAUGCAGCUUGUACAAACUUACAUAGAAAAAAAUAACAUUACUUACACAAACUUAUACAUGAUUAAUAACAAACAGCACAACGUUUACAGGUGCCUUACGGCUCAUGAGUGCUAUGUAUUUUGUGAUACGAACCGUGAGAAUGUCAUUCUAACAACUGAGACGGCAUCAGUGUUGAAAAAAUCAGGGGGGUUCACAAAACCUUAUGACUUCAAACUGCAGUACAACAUGGGAGUGCUGGGAAACAUUGCUAGAACUGAUGUGCUGCUUGAUUACAAUAAAGUGAAUACGUGCCCAUAUCGCCAGCCUUAUUUCAUGAUGUUUAUAGAUUACUUUGAGAAGUUUGUUAAGGAUGUACUCAUCCCUGUUCUUGCAGUAUUUUUAAAAGUUCAGAAGAAAAGUUUGUUGAAAAUGGAAGCCGAGUAGGCUGUAGAAACAACAGGCCCACUGUCUCUACUGGUUACCAUGGUUAAAGAAAGUGCUGUUCAAUUCAGGAAAUGCGUUUACAUGCUGUUCACAUUCUGACAUCGUGGAAACAUGCAACCCAAUCAAUAACAAACACAGUGACUUGAACUCAUUGUAAAUCACGUGUAAGAAAUGAACAAGUCACAGCAACUGAUACAAAUAUGUUGAUUUGAUUUCGCUUAAAAUAUGUAGUAUUGAAUUAACGGUUCAAAACCAAUUGAUUUUGUGUUGUGUACUGUAGUUUUACAAAGUUUAGACACAGAAAACGCUUUCUGUGGCGAAUGAAGGAAUGCUUAAUUGUCUCUCCAUUUGCUUUGUGGUGUUUGAGGUGUAACUAGUGAUUGUAAAAUUGCUUUUCUAUUAAGCGUGAGCAACACUAUUUACUUGAGUAAACUUGCAAAUAUAAUCAAUGAGACGGACUAAUAUACAGUUUGUCUGGCUAUUAUUAUUGGAAUUAAUGCUGUGUGGUCACUGUAUUUUUGUUUGCAUUAUAAUUUUCUUUUGCUUUUUCAAUUUUCCUAAUAAAGCUUAUCA